UCGCACGCAGAUGCACAGCCCGUCUCUCUCUCUUCGCCUCUUUCUGUCUCUGUCCUUGCUCGCUCGAGGCCUCCACUUCUCUUCGCCGCUCUCUCUCUCUAUCACAAACACAAACACAAACACAACAAUCUCCGGCGACUGCACCUCACCCCUUAAGUUUCACACUCAGGCAUCUCCGGCGUGGCACCACUUUCCUGCUUCUCAAACUCCAACAACGGUUUCAUCAUAAAGGUAUUUGCUGCUUAAAUGGCCACCACUGCACUUAGUAAGAAAAAGGGCACAAAGUCACAAAAACCUCCUCCUAGGAAAAGACAGAAUGAGUCUCUAUCUUCUAAACACAAGAAAAAGGAUGAUCUUUUCAGCUAUUCAGAUAGCACAGAUGAAGAGGUAAAAGAAGAUGGAGGGUUUGAUGGCGAAGGAGAACCAGAAGUUGAUUCAGGUUCUGAAAUGUCUUCUGAUGGGGAUGAUCCCUAUACUGAUGAUUUUCUUCAAGGAAGUGAUGAUGGAGAGAAAGGCUCGGAUGUGGAUUCAGAUUCAGGCUUAUCUGAUAUUGAGGAGAAGUCGAGAGCUAUAGAUGAAGAAAAGGCGAAGGAAGAAGAAGAAGCAGAGGCUGAAUUGCAGCUCAACAUCAAAGAAGAGGCUGAUGAAUUCAGAUUGCCAACCAAGGAGGAGCUUGAAGAAGAGGCACACAGACCCCCAGAUCUCCCAAAUCUCCAGCGGAGGAUAAGAGAGAUUGUUAGAGUGCUUUCAAAUUUUAAGACUUUGAGGCAAGAGGGGGCGACGCGCAAGAAUUACACAGAACAACUUCAGAUUGAUUUAGGUUCAUACUAUGGAUAUAAUGAAUUCCUGAUUGGGGUUUUGUUGGAGAUGUUUCCGGUUGUUGAACUUAUGGAACUUAUUGAAGCUUUUGAAAAACCUCGGCCCAUAUGCCUUCGAACGAACACCUUAAAGACACGCCGACGGGAUUUGGCUGGUGUUUUGUUGAACAGAGGGGUCAACUUAGAUCCCUUAAGCAAGUGGUCAAAAGUUGGACUAGUUGUAUAUGACUCACAAGUUCCUAUUGGUGCCACUCCUGAAUAUAUGGCUGGCUAUUACAUGCUGCAAAGUGCAAGCUCCUUUUUACCUGUGAUGGCCCUUGCUCCUCAGGAGAAAGAACGGAUUGUUGAUAUGGCGGCUGCCCCUGGUGGUAAAACUACUUAUAUUGCUGCUCUUAUGAAAAACAGUGGUAUGGUUUUUGCAAAUGAGAUGAAAGUGCCAAGACUCAAGUCACUAACUGCAAACUUACAUCGGAUGGGGGUGACAAACACAAUAGUUUGCAACUAUGAUGGGAGAGAGCUACCCAAAGUCUUGGGUAACAACACAGCUGAUAGGGUUUUACUGGAUGCCCCUUGCAGUGGUACUGGGGUUAUUUCUAAAGACGAGUCUGUCAAAACCUCGAAAAAUUCUGAUGAUAUACAAAAUUCUUCUCGCUUGCAAAAGGAACUGAUACUCGCAGCUAUUGACAUGGUUGAUGCCAAUUCAAAAUCGGGGGGAUACAUUGUCUAUUCAACAUGCUCCAUUAUGAUUCCAGAGAAUGAAGCAGUCAUAGACUAUGCCCUAAAGAAGAGGGAUGUAAAACUCGUGCCGUGUGGACUCGACUUUGGGCGUCCAGGUUUUGUUCGCUUUAGGGAGCACCGGUUUCACCCGUCUUUAGAAAAAACAAGACGUUUCUAUCCCCAUGUUCACAACAUGGAUGGUUUCUUUGUGGCAAAGUUGAAGAAAAUGAGCAACUCCAAGCCAACUUCAGCAAUUUCUGAACAACCAGAAACAAUGAAUCAAGGUCUUGAGCCGAUUGAUAGCAACAGCAUGAAGAAAGCUGUAGAUGAAGGCACUACCAAAGAAAAUGAGAGCUCGGUAAAUGUUUUUCCUAAAAAAGGGAAAGAUGAACUCCCAUCUACCAAAGAAAAUGGGAGCUUGGUGAAUGGUUUUCCUAAAAAACGGAAAGAUGAACUCCCAUCCACCCCUAGAAAGUGGAAGAGAAUGAAAGUCCCUUCUAAAAUUGAGAUCUCGAAAGCCAGAGAAGAGAAAAGACAAAAUUUGAGGGAAGCAAAGAGGAAAGCUUGGAGGGAAAAGAAAGGUGCAAGGAAGUAGUGGAAUUGUGAGACGACCCGUUGGCACGAAGCACUUGUUUGGUUAGCCCUAAUUUGCUAGGAGAGACCUGUUUUGGUGUUCAGCUGGAUCCUUAACUAUUUUAUAGAGUGAAAAGAGGAUUCACCAGAGAGCCGACCGGAGUACACGGGCUUGUGCAAUGCUGAGGAAUGAAUCUUAAGACGAGUGCAACAAUUUGUGGCGAAGUCCAUAAUGUUUUGUUUUUUUAUUUUUAUAAUUUUGUGUUUGUUCAAUUUUGUUCCAUGAAAUUCUUAUGGUUAUUAUAGUUGUUGAGGCAGAGGUCUUGACCAUGUUUUUGUAUUCACCCCAUACACACUGUGUUUCACUCCUUAACAUUUUGUCUUCUUUUAUGAGUUUUGAGUUCUAAAUAAAUUGUAUUCGUAGUUGAA